AUGGUGCGAGGGUCACGAAGUGUUCGGGAAAUUCAACUUUUGCUACUUUCCUUCGUUUACGAUGGAAUUCCACGUGACCCGUACAACCCAUCAUUUGAGGUCAAUCGCGCGAACCUCAGACCGACACGGAAAUCACUUUCCAUCGUCCCUCGCCUAAGGAAGCAACCCAUCUUGCUUGCUCUAGCAGGUUCUUCGGGGAAGGAAAAAGAAAGAGAUCGUUGCCCAUAA